CUCUUCUCAUGGGAACUUGGGCGCUGAGCUAUGCGCCGCAUUCUCAUUCCAACCGUUACUGCUGCUUGGCGCGCAACUAACUUCUUCAAUACUCGUACAAGUAUUCCUUUGUAAAAGUCAAUGUAGUACUCGUAUCAUCGAAAAGUAUCUGUGCAACAUGUUAUCCAUAAUAAUAACAACCUCAUCAAGCAUCGCAACAACCCACCAGCGCCGAUUGCCAUCGACAAAGCAUUUUGCUAUUUCAACCGUUUCGCUGUUGUUCUGCUUCCUGUUGGCUGCCAACCUCCCAUCUCCGCUGGGGGCUGCAGCACGCCAUCCACUGCAUGCGCUACGUUCUCGCCAUUGGCGCCCAUCAUCACCGCCUUGCACCGACUAUGAAAUGCUGAUCAUCAAUACCGAAUAUUGCGUCUCGCGCUGUCCCAUCCGUUGCAACAAUGGUAGCUGCUUUGAGGAUGGCAUCUGCCCCUGCGCCGACUCCUAUCAAACCUCGUUCGAGAAACAAACUCUGGUAUGUGCUGCCGAAUGUUUACCCGGCUGCAUUAGUGCUGGUGGUUUUUGCGCCGCGCCUGAUCUUUGUCUCUGCAGCCGUGAGGGGUACUAUUUCGAUGCGGUGGCGCGCCGUUGCCGCGAAUACCACCUUUUCAGCGAUCGUUGUUUUGGGCGUUGUUUGUACGGCAAAUGUACGGCGAAUGGAGAAUGCAUUUGCGCGCAAGGAUAUGUGGUUCAGCAGGCGACGUUUGGCCAGCUGUGUGCACCCGAGUGUAAACAAGAUUGUGGUAAAUACGGCUUCUGUUAUCUACCAAAUAUGUGCGCUUGUCGAAAGAAAGACUAUCACUACGAAUACGAUGGCAAGUGUCAUGAGGACUACAUUCAUCUGGAGCAAUAAUAUCGCUUAGAAUAUUAUUUGACUGAGUUUUAAAGCUAAUUUAUUAAGGUUUAUUUAUAAGUUGUCAUAAAUAUAGCAUAUAUAUUUAUUUUUUUAAUAUACACACCAUGAAUUGAUUAAAAGAUUAAGAAAUUAAUAA